AUAUAAAGUUCAUACAUUUACUUUUAGCGGUAUUUCAAGCCUCAUGAAAACACAGGUUCAUUUUAUGUUAUCGUCGGUGUUCAUGAGAUUUCUGACAUGCGUUUAUUGCCACUGGCUUUAACAAGUCUACAGGUUUACUCUGUGGUAUUCGGAAGCUACGAGGAAUAUGUAAUAUUGCCAGACAAUUCAGAUUACUGCCGGAGUCACCCUGGCUUUAGAAGAUUUUCGCUUUCUAGGCAGAUGAGUUUUGUCACCGGAUCAUAUAAUUCGUCUUGGAACAAUUUGUUAUAUGCUUGUAAGAUAAAAGUGUAUCCAAAUGGAAGACUUCUACAUUAUUCUUAUCCUGAAGGACAUACGUCAUACUGGUUCCAUAGACUACGGGUUUCUAUUAAUUUUACCUCUUGCAAUGAUUUUUUGACUAUUGGGUUUAUACCCGAAGAAAUCACUCAACCUACUUUACUUCCAUAUGAGUUAAAUUUAACCUGUACAUUCACAUUUCCGCAAAUCAUCGAUUCAAAGCAUCGUAUUGUGUCAUUGGUUUGGCAUACAGAUUCCGGUUCAAUUGAGGAUGUAAAAUCUAAACUAGAUGUUCAAAUGUCAGCAUAUAUGCGAUUCGAAGGAACUUUCAGUCUUACUGAUAAAAUGCGUCGAUGUGAAGUAGGCUCUGGAUUUUGGUGUGGAAAUCAAACUGCUGUUUGUGUUUACGGUCAAAUGCGCUGUGAUCAAGCAGAUGAUUGCUUUGAUGGAGGAACUGAUGAAAUUGGUUGUCCACCUGUUCGUAAUUAUACAUAUAUUCAACCGAGACGUCCUUUGAACAGUUGGUCAGUAUACCUACCGUGGACGGCAUUAGGAUUAAUCCCUUUAAUAUUAGUAUUUGCUUUGGGACUUAUCUGUGCACCUCGAAAAUCUCUAGAUGAACUUGAAGAUGAUGAUCUUAGUCAAGAAAAUGAAUGUUUAAAAACUAUUUUCUCACCAAUGACUUCUUCAUCAGCAGCUUCACCUACUUUAUCUGAAUCAAGUUCACCUAGAUCUAUUCAAUCUAUUGCUGCUUGUUCUACUGGAGAUAAAGUUAUUGUUUGUGCGUCAGAAUUAACCCGGUCAUUAUCUCAUCCAAGUCUAUCUGAUAUGGUACACACAACACUUGUUACUAACGAAACUAACAAGCAAAAAUCUUGUCUUCUUAGCUCAAACAUUAAUACUGAACAAGAUCCUGAUUCUUUUUGUCUUCAACAAAAAAGUAAAUAUUAUCCCGAAAGUUGUGAACUUCUUUUAAACAAUGAUAAUACUAUUAUUAAUCAUGAUAAACGAAAUUUUAUAAAAGAUGGUUCAAGUUCCAAAUUUUUUAAUGAAGUUUUCAAACCAACUAAAUCUAGAGCUGUUACUUUUCAACUACCUGGAGCAUUUGAAGAAAAAUCAAUUAUGGAUUCAGACCAUGACAACAUAGAUUCAGAUUCAAAAAUACAAACAAAUAAAAAUCGUGAAGAAUCAAUGAAUCAACGAGAAGCACAACGAAAUUCCGGCAAUAUUUCACGUCAAUCAAAAUUCGUUGAAUCUGAUAAUCGAGCCAUUCCAGCAUGUUUUGAAAUGGCUGCUUUAAAAGUUAGAGUGUCACGUAAUGAAUUUGGAAAUGUAACUAAUCACAAUGUUAAUCCUGAUUUUGUUGAUCAAGAAAUUUGGAACUCAAAUGCUUGUACACUUAAACAACCAAACAAAAACCAUCAUUCACACUCAAACUCUCAAUCUCAAACCAAUGAUUCGAAAAAUAUUGUAAAAGAUACAAACAACAACGAUUUCAAUCAAUCUCAGUCAAGUUCAUCUGAAAGUGAUCGAGAAGAUGUUACACCUUUCAGACGAACAGAUAAUUCUAUUCUAAAUAAUCAUUGGGAUAAAAAUAAUAAUCCAAAAUUAAAUGGUGUACAGAUUCAAAAUGAGAAUGAAGACAUAUGGUUGGUUAUCAGAUGACUGCCGAUAAAAAUCAGUGACUACGGAUACAAUACAAUGAAAACGAAAAUGUUUAAUGAUCUACAAACAUAUGGAUUAUCAUUAUCAUCUCAAAAGCCUAAACAUAAAACCUCUUCAAUUAUUGUAACUGCAAAAAACUCAUUAACUUCAGGUGAACAACAACGACAUAGUAAUGCUGAUUAUAUAUUGCUUUAAAAUGAAAUCAUUGUAUAUAAUUAUUGUACGAUAAGAGAAAGUAUAAUUAAUUCAUGAAUCUUUAAUUCCGGAUUUUGUGUUGGUAUGAUACUGUAACUUGAAUUUUUUUUUUAAUCGUUUACAUCAUCAUUAUCAUCCUACUUUAUUUGAUUAUGUUUAUAUUUCUAAUUUUUUUUGCUAUGACAAACAUUUUGUUUAUGUUAAGUAUUUAUGUAAAAUUUGACAUUAAAUGUAAAAGAUUGUCUACAGGUGAACUCAUCAUAACAAACUGUUAAAAAAAAAUUAGUUUAUUAUGUAACAUUUUCACUUUUCAGUACUUUGUGUGUAUGCUUAGAUUGAAUUUGAAUUCCUGUCAUGCUUUCUUAAAAUGCUGAUUUUCAUAUAUUGAUCAUUUGCAUCCUACCGGGAUUAUUUUUCAGAUUUUGAAUAAUAAUAAUAAUAAUAGGUGAAAGAGAAC